ACUUUAGCAAUGAAAGUCCUUGUGAUCCUGAUUUUAUGCCUUAUGGCAAUCGCAUGUCUGGCGGACGUUUCUCAUGUGAAACACCUCAAGCACCAGCGGCAUCAUCACACCAGGGAUCACGAAGAUGACGAUGAGGAGUCCCAUUACCUACCUCCCCACGAGGAAAAGGAGGUGGAGCAACCUUAUUACAAGAAGGAAAAGCAUACUAGUGAAAAGGUUGUUUACCACAAGGAAGAGGAGCACGAGGAGCCCAAAUACUACCAGGAGCAUAAGGAGCAUCACCAUGAAGAGCCCAAAAAACAGAGAGUGGAUCACUACCAUCACUAUGACAAGAAGCCAGAAGUAAAAACCCAGCACAUCCACUACAAGCAUAGCAAGCCCCAUGUUCGUACGGAUUACAAUCAGGACUUGUUCACCCCAGCUGCUACCCAAGUGGUUUAUCGCCGCCGUCGUCCUAGUCGAAUUCUAUACGCCAGUGCCCCCAACUCGGUCUUCCAUACCCACACGCAGAUCAACGUGCAAUCCCAGGACUCGGAAUUGAAUUCCCUUACUCGACCAGAUCUUGCACAAGGAGCGCAGGAUGCUGCUGGGGCUCAAGCACCGACUGGAGCUCAGGCACCAGGCUUUCGACCCAACUGCCAGUUUGUCGGACCUGGAAACGUACCACCUGGCUGUGGACCCUCCGAUCCCAUAGGUGCUCAGCUACCAGCAAGUGCUUUGGCACCCACUGGUGCUAAUCUUCCGGCCAAUCAACCUGUUGCCGGCGGACAAUUGGCUGUUCUGGGUAACGGUCAGCGACCUCCACGUCCAGGUGGCUAUGGAGGUGGAUAUGGCAACCGACUGAACUUUUUCGUUGAUCCUUCGCUGGGCGCUCAGUUGGGAGCCAUAGGAAAUGCUGGAGCUGGAAAUCAACAGGCUGCCGUAGGAGGUCAGCUUGCGGGAGGAGCUCAACUUGGAGGAAGCCAAGGAUUCGACCCUUCUUUUGGUGCCCAAGCAGCUGCCGGAGGUCCAUUUAACACUGGGUUUGGAGCUGGUCAAGCUCAAAGACCUGUGCAAAACCAAUAUGAUCCCAAUCUUCAGCUAGGUGGCCCUUUUGAUCCUUCUUUAGGUGCUCAAUUGGGCGCAGGUCAGGGUGCUUCUAACCAAAGACCAAGUGGACAGGGAGCAUUUGAUCCUUCUACGGGUGCUCAAUUGGGCGCAGGUCAGGGUAUUAACCAGAGACCAAGUGCACAGGGAGCAUUUGAUCCUUCGACAGGUGCCCAACUAGGAGCUGGACAGGGUAUUUCUAACCAGAGACCCAAUGCACAAGCACCCUUUGAUCCCGCUUCGGGCGCUCAACUUGGAGCUGGACAAGGCGUGCCUAACCAGCGACCCAAUGCAGCUGGACAGGGAGCUAUUGAUCCCAAUCAGGGACAGUCCGACCCCUCCAGUGGAGCCCAAUUGGCAGCGGGACAAGUUCCACGCCUCAACAACCGACGACAGCGUAAUCGAUCCAACUACCAGGGCCUCAAUGUGCUAAAUGGAAACGUUUUCGGACAACCCCAUCUCCAGGGACCCACAAAUGCGCUGGGAAAUCAACAGGACACCAACAUCAUAGACGGCAACUUCUACAGCGAUCCCCAUCAUGGACACCAGCGGGCUUUGGUAUCGGUUAAUCCCAAUCAGCGUUCAGUCCUUAUACCCGAUGACGAUGAUGCAGACGAUGAUGGGCAGCUAGGAUUUCUGGGGUUUGCGGCCAGUAACAGGCAGUCCUCUUAUGUGGUUGCUCCCAAAAAACUGCGAUCUCAGAGGAAGCGAAACAAUGUGGAUCUUAAAACAUCUGCAUCGGAGUACGACACUGAUUAUCGUGAGGAUGGCUAUCACUACCAGAAGCCCAAACAGUCUUUCGAGUUCUAAGUAUUUUAAAACAGAACAUAUUAUACUAUAAAUUAAAUCAUACUUAUCAGCAUUUGCUACAAGAGCAUACACAACAAA